CUUUCACUCCUUAGCAACCACCUGGAGAUUGUGAGAGUCACGCUGUGAACACCGAGCGUCAGUCCAGAGGGGGGAAAACAAAAAAAAUCUUUUAGAUGUAAGCUCUGCCACGAUUCGGAAAUAAAUGUUGAGCCGGGGAACAGAAAAUAGUGAGUGUGAAAGGUUGGGCCACUCCCGACAAGCUCUAGACCGACGGCCUGAUCAUCAGGAGAGGCGGCCGGGGCGGGGAAACUCAAAUGGCCGGCGAAGGUCCGUCAACAGCAUCGCUAGGAAAGCCUCAGGCUAUUUCACCAAUUCCUACUAACCGAAACCUCCUUUGCCGCAUUCGGAAACACGUUAACACCGAGACCGGGGAGUUGGGCUGUCCUGAUCAAGGACCAGAUGAGCAGCGGUAUAUUAUUUACAGGAAUGUGUUUGAUAAGGUCAUUGAGAAUGCAACAGCAUACAAAUUUAUCCUCACAUCCAUCAAACAAGCGUAUGAAGAAAACAUCAAUAUUUUACGCAAAGGGAAAGAAGAUUCUCUGUUUCUACAGAGGAAGGUGAAAUCAAUGGCCUUCGAACCAAUGACUUACUUGGCAUACAAAAAAAGAGCCACGCAGCUUCAAAACAAAAUUGAUCUCAUUAAACAAAAUACUGCUGGAUUAGAAGCUCAGCUGCAGGCAGUAAGAAACUCAAGACAUGUUCAAAAGGAGCAAACAGAGGAGACUUUACCACCACAGGAAGAUGUCUUUCAUAUUACAAGUAUUCCAGGUUUGACAUUGCAGGAAUCUACAAAUGUGGAGGAUCUAUGUAAACACCUGAGGAAACUAGAAAAGAAACUCAAGAACCUAAAAUUUGCAAAAGAAACUAAAUAUGUACCAAUUCAAGUCAAAACUAAUAUAAUCCAAGAAAUUAAUCAGAAAAUGCAACAAUGGGAAGUGCUAGACAUGGUGAAUAAACAAAUCAGACUCAGGUACAAACGAAUAAAGAUCUUAGCAGAUGCAGUUGCUGCUUGGGGGUACUCGGAUAAAAGUAUUUCUCUCACUGAAUAUGUUUUGCCAAGCUUGACAGAAGCAAUUUCUCUCAAAGAGGUUGGUACUCUUUGGCCUGAAAUAUUGGAUGCUGAUGAUCCAAGUGCAAUUAAUGAACCAGCGUACUUGUUAGAAUAUGUUGAGAGAUUUAAUAAACUGUUUGAUGAUAAGCAAUAUAAGGCAGCUGCAAUACAUGUAGCAAAUUGUCCCAGAGGAAUUCUUCAUAAUUUGGAGAUCAUGAAAAGGUUUAAAGCUGUCACAGAAUACGAAGGGCAUAUUUCUCCUCUUCUGCAAUUCUUUGAAGCUGUAAUGAGCUCUUUUUCUGCUGUCAGACAUUCACCUAAAGCAAAAAUGUCAUUGGAGGGAGUAGAAUGUGCACUCAAGCAAAACCGACUGGAUCUGGUCAUUCACUGGAUAAUACAACAGAGAGUAACAUGUUCUGAAGAAUUGGGAGACUUGAUUUACAAUUAUGGAGAUACUGAACUACGGAGAAUGGACACAUGCAUGGGCCUGGCUCAGAUUGUCUAUGAUAAAUGUAAUGUGCACAAGAAAGCUGUUCUGUGCUUGUGCGGGUGUGGGCAGAUUUCUGGAGCAAUGGCAUAUAUUCAUGACUCCAAAAAGUUCAGCUUGGAUGAUUAUUUAUUCUUGUUGAACAAGUGCCCAAACGCUGAGUUAAUUCAGUGUCUGACUCAUGAAUGGAAUGGAAAGCCAGCAGUUCUCUCAACUGGGAUUGCUGUAUUGUGGCUCAUUUCAAAUGAUCACGAGGAAACUGGAUUCCAUCUUCUGAAAGAAAUAUAUGAUUCGGGUCAAGAUGCUAUGGAGCAAACUAUCCUUAAUGACGUUAACUGUACAUUGGAAAAUUGGCAGGAGAUUGCAGAUAAGUGCAACACUCACAACCACAAUGCGUUGGCAGACAGCAUUUUUACUGUGCUCACAUCACAAGAAGGAGGAACUGCGAUAACAAUUACCGCUGAAGCUGAUAGUGAUGGUGCAAAAUUAAUAGAACAUAUUUUUUUGUAGCUCAGAUUCUUACAGCAAAUUUUACAAAGCUUGUUCUUCCCUUAAAACAAUGCAUGUUUUAAAGCAUUCCAACUAAAAUAUGGCAAUUUUAUGAGAUGUUAAAGUCAUUUUUAAACUCGUAGUUUUUUUACACAUGGUGGCUUAUCACAUCUUAAAGACAUGCUAGUGUGCUUUAUGAUAAAUGGGUUAUUUUUAAAACGUUAUGUUGGCAAACGCUGCAGUCAAUUUGUACACUCCAAGACUCCACAAACAGUUAAUAAAUGAGUGAUUAGACAAUCUGUUUCUUUUGUUGUGGAUAAAGCAUGAAUGUUGCCCAGAACAUUGAGAGAAGUCCUCACUGUUUCAGUAUGCCAUUAGAGUAUUCAAUCCACAUGAAUAAAUAGAGGGAAUUGUAGAGUGAUUUCUCUUCUCGAAGAUUGCAUUUCUGACAAUGCAGUGUACUUCCUCAACAAUGCUGCAGCCAGAUUAUGUGCUUAUUUGUUGUACCCACAAUCCUCUGUCA